AUGAAGACGGCAUUAAUGGUGGCUGAAAAGCCAUCUUUAGCUCAGAAUCUUGCAACUAUCCUAAGUAACGGCAAAUCCACUACAACUAAAGGUCCUAACUCCGCAUGUUCAAUACACGAAUGGAACGGUACCUUUAAGAAUGAGCCGGUUCGAUUUAAAAUGACGUCCGUAUGUGGACAUGUUAUGAGCUUAGAUUUCACUGGUAAAUACAACAAUUGGGACAAAGUGGACCCUAUAGAGCUCUUCAGCUGCCCAACAGAGAAAAAGGAAGCAAUGCCACGAUUAAGAAUACCAGCCUUCUUAGCGCAGGAGGCCAAGGGAUGUGAUUUUUUAAUUCUAUGGCUUGAUUGUGACAAAGAAGGUGAAAAUAUAUGUUUUGAGGUAAUGUCAUGUGUUCAGCCAUAUAUGAAAGGAGAUGUUUAUUCACCUUUAGUAACAUAUAGAGCACGAUUUUCGGCUAUCACUGAAAAGGAUAUUAAGGCUGCUAUGUUGAAUCUUGUACGACCAAAUGAAAGUGAAUCUCGGAGUGUGGAUGCUAGACAGGAACUUGAUUUGCGCAUUGGUUGUGCAUUUACAAGAUUUCAAACAAAAUAUUUUCAAGGUAGAUAUGGUGAUCUUGAUGCUUCACUUAUAUCUUAUGGGCCAUGUCAAACACCAACCUUAGGUUUCUGUGUUCAACGACAUGAUGAGAUCCAAACCUUUAAACCAGAGACAUAUUGGGUAUUGAGGGUAACAGCUUCUACUUCUGAAGGUCGAGAACUACCUUUAGAAUGGAAAAGAGUGAGGAGCUUUGAAAAAGAUAUUGCUAAUAUGUUUUUGGCUAAUAUUAAGGAGAUUAAAGAAGCAACGGUUGUUAACGUUCAAGCCAAAGAGAAAAUAAAACCUCGACCAGCUGCUCUCAACACUGUGGAACUGAUGAGAGUUGCCAGCGCAGGGCUUGGGAUGGGGCCUCAUCAUGCUAUGCAAGUGGCAGAACGUCUCUAUACACAGGGAUAUAUUUCAUAUCCCAGAACUGAAACCACAAGCUACCCAGAAAACUAUGAUCUCCUGGGCACUCUCCGUCAACUGCAGAGCUCAAACAAGUGGGGUGCAGAAGUAAGAGCAAUUGUUGCUAACGGCAUAAACAAACCCAAGAAAGGACAUGAUGCAGGCGAUCAUCCUCCUAUCACACCGAUGAAGCUUGCUUCGGAAUCCGAGCUAGAAGGCGACAUGUGGCGUAUCUACGACUACGUCACGCGCCAUUUCAUAGCAACACUGUCACGUGACUGUAAGUACCUGUCCACUACGAUCACCUUCGCGGUGGGCUCCGAGACCUUCUACUACACUGGCAACACUCUAGUGGAUGCUGGGUACACUGAGAUUAUGCAUUGGCAGGCGUUCGGUAAAGAUGAGUUUGUCCCAGUAUUGAACGUAGACGAGGUCCUAAAAGCGCACGACCACAGACUGCUGGAGUGUCAGACAUCGCCGCCCGAUUAUCUCACUGAAUCUGAGGUGAUCACGUUAAUGGAGAAGCACGGCAUCGGCACGGACGCGUCCAUCCCGGUGCACAUCAACAACAUCUGCCAGCGCAACUACGUGGGCGUGGGCAGCGGCCGCCGCCUCGUGCCCACCGGCCUCGGCGUCGUGCUCGUGCACGGCUACCAGAAGAUUGAUCCUGAGCUAGUGCUACCAACAAUGCGCUCUGCAGUAGAAGAACAGUUGAACCUCAUAGCCGUGGGCCGAGCCGAUUUUCAUGCGGUUUUAGCUCACACUACGGAGAUAUUCAGAAGAAAGUUCCAGUACUUCGUGAGAUCGAUAGAAGCUAUGGACCAGUUGUUCGAAGUUAGCUUCUCAUCUUUAAAGACGAGCGGUAAAGCUCUUUCCAGAUGUGGCAAAUGUAGGCGUUAUAUGAGAUAUAUUCAGGCAAAGCCAGCCCGCCUGCACUGCUCCCACUGCGACGACACGUACGCCUUGCCUCAGAACGGCACAGUGCGUAUUUACCGCGAGCUGAAGUGUCCAUUGGACGACUUCGAGCUGCUCUCCUGGUCCUCAGGCAGCAAGGGCAAGAGCUUCCCACUGUGCCCGUACUGCUAUAAUCAUCCACCUUUUAGGGAUAUGAAGAAGGGUUUCGGCUGUAACUCGUGCACGCACCCUACUUGCCCGUACGGCGUGAAUUCCACGGGGGUGUCGGGUUGCGUGGAGUGCGACGGCGUAUUAGUGCUCGAUCCCUCCGCGCCCAAAUGGAAGCUAGCGUGCAAUCGCUGUGACGUGAUAAUAAACAUAUUCGAGGACGCGUCCCGCGUGGCGGUGUGCGAGGCGGCGUGCUCGUGCGGCGCUCAGCUCGUCACCGUGGAGUACCGCGCCGAGCGCACGCGCCUGCCCGCCGCGCUCACCGAAAUGACCGCCUGCCUCUACUGCGAGCCCGCAUUCAGUGCGCUGGUGGAGAAGCACCGCGCCGUGGCCGCCAGGGCCAUGGGCGCCCGCGCCCGGCCACGCGCCAGGGCCAAACAUCGCGCCAAACAGCCCAAGGAUAAGAUGGCUCAGCUGGCUGCGUACUUUGUG